CCAAGGUUCGCCAAAGAGCUUGACCAAGACGCUGUUCCAGAAUGGCGCGUCAAAUAUCUCAACUAUAAGGCAGGCAAGAAACACAUCAAGGCCGUCACGCGCGCCAUCAACCGGGCCAAUGCCACACCGACCUUGACGAGACGGGCCGAGGUCCUUCCCACAGGCACCACGCCCGCCAGAGUCUUCGGCAUCAACCAUAGCUUCACCCCCCCGCGAAGGACGAAUGAUCCGCUGCCCCGCGACCUCCUCGACGAGUCCGGACGGCGGCGCUCCGCGUCCGGAACCGGGACCGGGACCGGGACCGCCAAGCCGGGGAGCGGUGCCGCUUCGGGACAUGAGCGGUUGGGGCUUGCCCGGAGCCCCGGCAGUCGUGUAGAGUAUGGCAGUAUUGGACCAACGCCGUCGCGCGCCAGCGACAGGCACGACUUUGAACUCCCAGCCCCGGCCAUGGGGUCCCCGUCGACCACAGGCUACAGCGUGGCCGCCCACUCUCCGCCGUUGAGCCGUGCCGCCCUUCAGCGCAGCGCUUCGAUGGUGGCUGCCGGCCGGUUGGACCACCACUCCCCGCCGUUGCUGACCUUGCCUACGGCUGGGAUGGGCUCGACGCCUCGUCUGCGCGUGCCUCGUCUCUUUACAACCGGCUCGGCGAGUUCCCGGCAGGCGGCAGCCAAGUUCGAUAUAGGGAUGCAGAAUCUAGAUUACGUCCGUUCGGCGGAGCGCGACUUUUUCGCCUUCCUCGACGAAGAACUCGACAAGAUUGAGUCCUUCUACAAAGAGAAGGAAGACCAGGCAACGGAGCGGUUGGCGGCCCUUCGAGCGCAGCUGCAUGAGAUGCGCAACAGGCGGACGGCCGAAAUCGCCGAGGCGAAGAGGAGGCGCGAGCUGAGCCGCGACCGAAGCCGCAGCCGCAGCCGCGGCACUGGUGUCGGCGAGGGACGCGCCAAGGACAGCAAUCAUGACUGGAUCAACCCUCUCAAGGACAGGCUCUUCAAACCCGGACCUAACUCGAAAGCCUUGCUGAAGAUGACCCGGACGCCCGUAAUGGCUGCUCAGACCAUUGACCAGGGCCGCGACUACGUCCGGCGGCCCGAAGACGACGAUGUACCCUACCGGACAGCGAAGCGCAAGCUCAAGCUGGCGCUGCAGGAGUUCUACCGGAGCCUCGAGUUGCUGAAGUCGUACGCGCUGCUGAACCGGACCGCCUUCCGCAAGCUCAACAAGAAGUACGACAAGGCCGUCAACGCCCGCCCGCCCUACCGAUACAUGAACGAGAAGGUGAACAAGUCUUGGUUCGUGAACAGCGACGUCCUAGACGGGCACAUCCGCACCGUCGAAGAUCUGUACGCCCGGUACUUCGAGAAGGGCAACCGCAAAAUCGCCGCCGGCAAGCUUCGGAACCUGCAGAAGCGAUCGGGCGAUUCGUCCGACAGUGCCUUCCGUAGUGGCCUGCUGAUCGGCGUCGGUGCUGUCUUUGCCCUCCAGGGCCUCAUUUACGGUUCCGACAUUCUCCUGCACAGCGAGGACCCCGUACUUGCUGAGCAGACAAGCUAUCUAAUGCAGCUCUACGGAGGGUAUUUCCUUGCUUUGCUCCUCUUCACCCUCUUCACCCUGGAUUGCCGGAUGUGGGUCAAGAACAAAGUCAACUAUCCGUUCAUCUUCGAGUUCGAUCCGAGAAAUUUUCUCAAUUGGAAAGAGCUGGCCGAGUUCCCCAGCUUCUUCUUUGCCUUGUUCGGCGUCUUCAUCUGGCUCAACUUUGCGAGGCUGGGGGAUUGGGAACAAAUGUAUCUUUACUACCCCGUCAUCCUGAUCUGCAUAACCCUCGUCAUUUUGUUUCUUCCGGCCCCGGUCCUGCAUUACAAGGCUCGAAGGUGGUUCUUGUACUCCCAUUACCGGUUACUCCUGUCCGGCCUGUACCCAGUGGAUGGUCGAUCAGCGGUCUGGGACCUCUUCAUGGACUUUUCGCUCCUCCAAGCGAACGCUCACAGGCGUCUCCUCCGCGAUAUCACGGCCAUCCGGCCGGUCUGGGUAUACUACCUCAUCAUGAUUGUCGACCCCAUCUUGCGCUUCUCCUGGAUCUUCUACGCCAUCUUCACCCACGACACUCAGCACAGCACCCUCGUCUCUUUCAUGGUUUCCUUCGCCGAAGUCGUCCGCCGCGGCAUGUGGACCCUGCUCCGUGCCUCGCGCGACACUCCGCUGCCCUACCACCUCGAGCAAUAUGUCCAGCGUCCCAGCCUCGAAGCAGCAGCAGCAGCAGCAGCCGCCGCCGCCGCCAAUGCCAUCGGCACGCCCUCCACCACUACGGCUCCCGCUGCCGCCCGCCCUCCGACAUCCAUAUCCACGCCGCUCCGCCGCGGCGGCACGCCGGCUCCAGGACCCACACCAGAACCACAAACGCCCGGCACCGCCCAGUCCCAGCGCCCAGCCGCCCCUCUCCCAACCCCGCUGCUCGAAGCGGGCGCAGGCGCGCAACCGGCCUCCGCCGCCCCAUCUCCUUCCCCCGCAACAAUAUCCGGAGCAGCCGCCGGCACCGCCGCAGCGUCGGUGUCGGUGGAGGACAGCGCCGGCGCCGGCACCGGCGCGGCCUGGCCGGGCGCGCUCGGCAGGCGGCGCGCCGACACGCUGGGCAGGAGGUCGAUCCGACAGGCCAUGGCUGAGGCGCACAGGCAGGACUUCGAGAAGAAGCGGGUGCCGGUGGAGGCGAAGGAGAGGGAUUGUGCGCUUGAGGAGGAGGAGUACGACGAGGAGGAAGAGGAGGGAGGGGGAGAGGAAGAAGAGGAAGAAGAAGAGGUGGAGUUGAAAAGUGAGGGGGGAGAGGAGGAAGUGGGAAGGGGCCACCGGGAGGAGGAGGAAAAGGAUGAGGAGGAGGGGAUGAGGAUUGGGAAUGGGGGGUGGUAA